AACAUACGAAAAGCUUUCUCCCCCAUUUCAAGCGGCGCGAACGGCGGCGGCGGCCGGCGAGGAGGGCGACGGCUAGGGUUUUUCUCUCUCUCCGCCGCCGAAAUCGAAUCCCCGAGGUGAGCUCCAUCUCAUACCCACCGAGUCUCACCGUCCCGACCCAUCUCCUUCACCCGCCGCCGCCGCCUGCGCUGCCCCGCCGAUCACCGUGAGCUGCUGCAGCUUCCGCCUCCGAGAUGAAUGCGAAUGUGUUGGGCGGCGAUGUGGUGGCGGACGAUUUCAACUACUUCUCCGGUGUGAGCACCAUCUUUGUGGCCAACAUCCAGGAGGUGAAGGACCGGGUUUCCCAGAUCGAGCUCCUCUUCUGCAGCCAGCUCUUCCCUCAUGUCCAGGCCAUGUGGAAGGCGGCCAAGGAUGCGUGGAUGGAGAGGGAGGCCGCCCUAUUGAGCCAAUUGGAGGAGCUGAGCAGCGGGAAGCGGCACGCGGAGGAGAAGGCGCUGCAGCUGGGGUGCUCCCUUGAUGAGAUGAAGGGGAAGCUUGCGGAUGCCGAGCGAUCGGUCGCGGGGCAUGAGGUUGAGAAGAAGCGGCUUCUGGGGAGAUUGGAGGAGGAAAUUGGGAACAAAGAUGAGGUUAUUCGCCGGCUAGAGAGGGAGAUUGCGGAGAAGGCUGCUGAUUUUUCCAGGGAGAGAGAUGCCCAUCAGAGGCUUUUGCAGCUGGUUGAGUUGAAGGACAAGAAUUUGCUUCUCGAGCAGAAUAAACGGAGGGAUGCGGAGGAGAUGGCACUGCAGCUGGGGAACUCUCUUGAGGAUAUGAAGGGGAACUUUGAGCGAUUGAUCGCGAGGCAUGAGGUUGAGAAGGAGCGAAUUCCGGGGAGGUUGGAGGAGGAAAUGGGGAAAAAGGAUGAGGUUAUUGGGCGGCUAGAGAGCGAGAUUGCGGAGAAGGCUGCUGAUGUCUCUAGGGAAAGAGAUGCCCAUCAGAGGAUGCUGCAGCAGGUUGAGUUGAAGGAUAAGGAUCUGCUUCUCGAGCAGAAUAAGCGGAAGGACCUGAUCGAGGAUUACACUAAGCUGAAGACACUCUACAAGGAUUUGAAGUCUCAGUACAACUUUCUUGUUGGAAAGAUUGGCCAGAAUGAAGGCUCCAAGUCUCCUGUAGUCAAUGUGGUGGAUCGGAAAACCUCCGGAAGCCCUCCAAGCAAGAGAAAGCUCAAAGAUCUGGUGGACACUAAAAAGGAGAACAAUCAGGCAGUAUCUAAGACUGUAGAUGAGAAAAAUGGUCCUGCUUCAAGUGCAAAGGCACAAGGUACCCACCAUGCUAGCUCAGUCAGGAGUCCAUUCAGUAACUCGCGCCUUUGUCUACCGUCUCGUACAACCAAUCCUCCACCAAAGAAUGCUACUAGCAAUUCAAAAACAGAGGCAGCAUCUAGUUUCACCCGCCCAAGUCUACACUGGAGGGAGACUCGCGCGCGUAAAGAACCAGGCGUUGUAGAUCCACAUGAUGAUUUCCUUGACACACCUCUGGAGGCUGUCAAAAAUAUGAUCAGGAAUCCUAAAACGCCAGAAGAAGCACAAGCCCUUGCUGCCUCUCCUCCUAAAGAUAUGGACUUCAAUAACUCUGAUGAUGAGACUCAAGAUGUCAAUAUUGCCACCCAGGGCCAGAAAAACAUGCCAGUUCCCAAGCAGCAAAGUACAAUUUCAAUCCAACCACCAAAUAAAGGUUUCAAAUACACAGAACCUGUAAGAAAAAAGGCUGACCGGGAGAAUCUGAAAGGCGUUGAGUGCAAGCAGUGCAAGAAAUUCUAUGAUGCUGUUCUUCCAGAUGGCCGCACAAAUGGUGACGGUGUGGACUCUACAAGCAUGAGGUGUGAGCAUCAUGAUGGCGUAUCCAGACAUCGCUACAGGUACGCGCCGCCGCUGACACCUGAAGGGUUUUGGAACAUUGGGUUUGAAUCAGAAAUGUAGCACAUGAAGUAUGAUGCGCUCUUCAUUGAUUAGUGCAGUGUCGUGCCCUAACAUAGGUUCUCAGUCACCCCCCAGAUACUGUUAAUAAUGUCAGUAGUAAAUCUCAUGCUGGGGAAAUGAUCAUUUCUUUUUUUAAGAUUAUAUGUUUGGAUAGAAUGCCAAUUUGUUGAAGAUAGAAUGUACUUACUGUCACAUCGAUUCUAUGUAAAUGACAUCUGACAUUGAAAAGCAGUCGAAUAAUCUUGAAUAACAAGCGUUAUAACGUUA